GUUAUGGCCUUCAACGCUAAGCAGGAAUCUGUGUGGCUAUAGCUUAACACAGAGAGGCAUUUGAAGAGUGGUCAUCAGAAUGAAAGGAUAAACAAGGUUAACUCUUUGUUUCCUUUGGCUCGGACCAUCAUGCUCUGCUGCAAAGGUCUUGGAGUGGCUGCGCUCAGACACCUACAGCGCUCAGUAUCAGCUGACAGAGAUGUGCCCUGCUGCUGAUCAGGCACAGGAGCAAAGGCUCACCUGGACCUUGUUGGACUAAAAAAGACAGAAAUGGCAAAGAGAGAUUACCUGGUGGAGGCGGCCAAGCAGAUCCGCAUGGCACUGGACAGUGAGGUCAAUGAAGACUACGAGGCUGCUUUCAGCUAUUAUAAGAACGGCGUGGACUUGCUGCUGAAUGGAGUCCAGUUGGAUCCAAACAAAGAUCGACGAGAGGCUGUGAAGAGGAAGACAACCCAGUAUUUAAAAAGAGCUGAGGAAAUCUUCAUCACACAUUUACAGGAUAACUUUGGAAAGGGAGGCUCUCAUUUAGGGGGCUACAGUAGUCUGAGAUUCCGUCCAAUCAGACACCUGAGUUCACCUGUAGAGGAUCUGGAGAUGUGCAAAGUGGUGGGAGUCAGUGAUAAGGUCCUGAUUGUCCAAAGUAUGGUCAACAAAGAGAUGUUUGUUGUAAAGAGCCUGGUCAAAUCAAGCUGGGAGAGCAGGGAUCAGCCGACUAUUAUUCCUCAAGGGGUGCCCUACAUGGUUAAGCUGCUGAGAUAUUAUGUCAGCGAGGAUGCUGUGUACCUGCAUCUAGAGCAUGUGAAAGGUGGGAGGCUCUUCUCCAAGUUGCAUAAACUGAAAAGCGAGAAGGCCAAAGAACACCCAGAAUGCUUCACUUCUAGCCAACAUAGCCACAAGAUGAAGACCAGCCACACCUCACCAACGAUCAGCGUGGACUACCAGCACGGCGGCCGGAGCACAGCGGUGAUCCCAGACACACUGACUGACGAGAGCCCAGAUACAGACUUCCCAGCCUCAUGGGAUGAGACUCAGCAGCGCCUGGAAAGCUGCGGGACUCACUCCUACAUCGAGGAGACGGGCUGCUUGCAGAAUACGCGCUCCGCGGCAUCAUUUUAUACCAAGCUUGAUCAGUUAACGCUGCUCUCUGGCCUUACUAGGACACAAGUUACCACCCACAUCCAUCCACCAGCUCCCAGUUUGUGUUUGCACUCCAGCGAUACUCAGGAAAGGCCUGCUCUUCCUCUCCCUUGCACUCGUGUCAGUCAGACUCUUGAUGUCAUGUCAGAACUCCAUAAAAAGAAGGCAGGAAUGGGGCUGAUAGAGUGCAGUUCAGACUUCGAAGCAGCUUGGAAAGCCUCAGAUCCAUCCCCAGACUGUGAGAGAAUAAACCCCUAUGCAGUGACUGACAAUAAUUCACCAAGAACAACUGCAGAGACUGCACCUCGGACAAAUCAGACCUCGUUAAAUAAUUCAGGGUCACCUAAAAGUCAUAGUCAGGUUUUAAGUUCCUCUCCUGCCAUUUUGCAUCUUCCUCUCCAUUGCCAAACCCAAAUCCACGGCAGGGCUUCGUGGGAUGUGAACGGCUCUCUCCAGGGAUCUUUUCUGAAUGGUAACUCUGCAGAAGUAAAUACAGACUCAAAGCUCGGCAGCAGCAGUCCAACUGCUGAAGAAAGAAAUGGAAUGAUAGUUAUACGGAGCACAGACAGAGCAGUGUUUUCUGGUCCCAUGGAUACAAAUAUUUCAGAAAGAUCUGUUUAUCCAAACAGCGCCGCAAGAAAGGAGACAUUUUUACCUGUAACAGGCUUCAGUGGUGGAAACGAAGGGGUAGAAAUAGCCUGUGAGGUCACAAGUUCUGAAGAAAAGAAGCCACCUCUAAAAGCAGAAUCAUAUGUGGGUUGGUUUUCCUCUGGAUCGUCUGAAGUCCCAACUCAAAUGAGUAAAAAGGAUAAAGAUAGUUUACUACAUGGACCAGAGAGGCAGGAGGAAGACCAGAUCAUUGAGGUCGAUGGCUGGUGUCAUCUGCCUCGGUUCCCUGCCCAGACCUCAAAGCCUGCAAAUAAGGCUGUGCAGACCUGGUGGGGACUUGCAGAAGCAGAGGUGCGUAUAUGGGGGGCACAGAUUCUGCUGGCCCUGGAGAGUCUGCAUCAACAGGGCGUUCUGUGUCGGGAUCUCAACCCCAGAAACAUUCUGCUCACCAGCAAUGGAAAGGUGUGUUUGACAUUUUUCAGCCAGUGGAGUGAGGUUCAGUCAGAGAUCAGCUCCAAAGCCAUGGAACAGAUGUACUGUGCUCCAGAAAUUGGAGGAGUUUCCAGGAUCACAGAAGCUUGUGAUUGGUGGAGUCUUGGAGCUUUGCUCUUUGAACUUUUAACAGGAAUGCCGCUGUGGCAGCUCCAUCCAGCAGGGAUCCACUCCCACACCCAGCUGAUAAUCCCGGACCACCUGAGUGCUGCGGCUGCUUCUUUGCUCACAGAGCUGCUCCAGUUCGAUGCUGGGUAUCGAUUGGGUUCUGGAGGUGGAGGAGUGAGCGACAUCAAGUGUCACCCCUUCUUCAGCAGCGUCUCCUGGAAAGCUCUGUCCUGUUAGCAGGAGUGGUUGGAGCACAUGAUAAAUCUAGACGCAGCACUGAUUCCAGCUGCUUUUUGUGCUUCCCAAAGAAAAGGUUUCAACACCACCUGAAUAAAGUUGUGACGCAUGUCCCACCCAGAACACCAGAUUAUUUUAAACUUGUAAAAUUUACUUAGGAACUGGUUUCUUUAAUGCAAUUUUGAUAGUUAGGUUUUACAUUUGUAUCA